AUGACUGUGGUGGAGGUAUCUGCAUGUGGAAAGAAAAUUGAUCCACCUGACAAUAAAUCACUUCUCCCUUCUAAAGUUUUCUCUCUACUGAUUGAGGGCAUUGCACAAAACACAACUGGAAGCGUAUUUGUGCCUGAAGGUGGUGGAGCUCCGGAACUUUCGGGAUCACCAACUGAAAAGGCAAUUCUGCAGUGGGGAGUAAAUCUUGGAAUGGAUUUUCUUUCUGUUCGUUUAGAUUCAGUUAUUAUUCAUGCCUUUCCAUUUAACUCAGAGAAGAAGCGAGGUGGUGUCGCACUAAAAGUGUCUGAUUCUGAAGUUCACGUGCACUGGAAAGGGGCUGCAGAAAUAGUACUUGCGUGCUGCACAAGUUACAUAGAUACGGAUGACCAUGUGGUGCCGCUUGACGAAGAAAAGUUAUCAUCUUAUAAGAAAGCGAUUGAAGAUAUGGCUGUAGAGAGCUUGCGUUGUGUGGCCAUUGCCUACAGGCCAUAUGAUGCAAAGAGUGUUCCAUCCGUUGCCGCAGAACUCGAAAAUUGGCAAUUACCUGAGUCGGACCUUAUUUUGCUGGCCAUUGUCGGUAUCAAGGAUCCUUGCCGACCAGGUGUAAAAGAUGCUGUCCAGUUGUGCACUAAUGCAGGUGUUAAGGUGCGCAUGGUCACUGGUGACAAUCUUCAAACAGCUAAAGCAAUUGCCUUAGAGUGUGGUAUAUUAAGCUCUGGUACAGAUGCAACUGAGCCUAACAUUAUUGAAGGAAAGACAUUCCGCACCCUUACGGAAUCACAGAGAUUAGAUAUCGCUGAUAAGAUUUCGGUGAUGGGAAGGUCGUCACCAAAUGACAAACUCCUGCUUGUUCAAGCAUUAAGAAAGAGGGGACAUGUAGUUGCUGUUACUGGAGAUGGUACGAACGAUGCUCCUGCACUACAUGAGGCUGAUAUUGGUCUUGCAAUGGGUAUCCAAGGCACAGAAGUUGCAAAAGAGAGUUCAGAUAUCAUUAUAUUGGAUGACAAUUUUUCUUCUGUUGUGAAGGUUGUCCGAUGGGGAAGAUCUGUUUACGCCAAUAUUCAGAAAUUCAUACAGUUUCAACUUACGGUUAAUGUUGCUGCUUUGAUUAUCAAUGUUGUUGCUGCAGUUUCUGUUGGCAAUGUUCCACUGAAUGCUGUGCAGCUUCUCUGGGUGAACCUUAUCAUGGACACAUUAGGAGCACUUGCGCUAGCCACUGAGCCUCCUACUGAUCAUCUCAUGCGUAGAGCACCUGUUGGUAGAAGGGAACCCCUUAUAACGAAUAUCAUGUGGAGGAAUUUGUUAAUACAGGCUUCAUAUCAAGUCACUGUGCUCUUAAUCCUCAAUUUCCGGGGAAGGGAUAUCCUGAAUCUGCAGAACGAUGACAAAGAUCACGCUUUCCGAGUGAAUAAUACACUAAUAUUCAACGCAUUUGUCUUCUGUCAGGUAUUCAAUGAAUUUAACGCUCGAAAGCCAGAUGAGGUGAAUGUGUUUAAAGGUGUCACUAAAAACCGUCUGUUCAUGGGAAUAAUCGGCCUUGAAGUAGUGCUUCAGGUUAUCAUAAUCUUUUUCCUGGGGAAGUUUGCCACCACUGUUCGGCUGAGCUGGAAACUGUGGCUUGUGUCAAUUGCUCUCGGUAUUAUCAGCUGGCCUCUUGCUGCUAUCGGAAAACUAAUUCCUGUCCCCGAGAAGCCCAUUGCUGAAUUCUUUACGAAGAAAAUCCGUAGAGAGAGAAACUCUGAUGAUGGUUAAGAUUUGGUUUCGGGUUUAUGGCAGUAUAGGCUAACAUUUGCAUAGAAAAGAGAAAUACUAACAAGAAUAUAGAGGCAAGGUAGAGGAGGUUGGUUUCAUGUUAUGGUUUCUGUUUCCACAUCAACUGGAGUUAUUCUUUUAAUGCCUCGACACUUUCUAAAGUCUUAUUUCCGGAUAUUAUUGUAAAUUAGCUAUUUGAUUUCUCUAUCACAUUGUGUUUUUGGCAAUUGGGUUUUAUUAUCUAGAAAAACAUAUGUUUAUUA